AUGCAUCUACAAAUCUUUAUUGUUCUAGCAAUAUGUAUUGCAGUAAGUUAUACGCAAGCACCAGUUGCUGUUGUAGUUCCUGCAGUAAAAGUCGUUGAGACGACUGUAACAACUACUGUUGAUACUACGACAACAACAGCUGCUGCUGCAGCCGAUGCUCAUGAUGGUAGUAAAGAAGAUGCUGAUAAUAAUAAAGAUUUUGAUCAUAAACAUGACGAUCAUCAUGAACAUGAUGCAACAGUUUCAGUUGAUCUUCAUAAUAUUCUUGAUUUACUCAAACAACAUUUACAUCAAACUGAAGAACGUAUUAUUGCUGAAAUACACAAAGAUCAUAGUUCAACACCAGCAUCAAAAGAAUCCUAUCGUACAGCUGAUCGUAAAGCUAAAAAAGAUGAUAAGAAAAAGAAAGAUAAAAAGAAAUCAAAUGGUAAACAUGAUGAUGAUGAUAAAGAUGAUUAA